UGAUAAUGAUUCAAACAGAUAUCUCACUCUCUUGUGUUCUGAUUGGGAUUGGGGCAUGUGUUCCAAAUCCACAAUUCUCAUCAACCCAAUUCUGCCCCUUUCUUCUUGCUUCACUCCCUCUCUCUCUCUUUCUCUCUAGGUUUAGGUCUUUCAAUUCUUAGCUAGCUUAAUUGUUCUCAUCUAUAUAUCCAGCAAUCCGGCCUAUUCAUCCUCCAUCUUUUCCGGCUUAGCUAGCUAGUUCCUAGCUAGCUAGCUAUCCCACAAACCACCCCAAUAAAACAAAAACGAAAACAAACCCUUUAAUUCUUUUCUUGGUUGAUCUUAUACACACUUUUUAGCAGUAAAUUAAAUAGUCCUGCUCGAUGUAUAGAGGGGUCUAAAUAAGCUAGGACGAGCUGUAAUUUUCCCUUUUUUAGCAAGCUUCACUUUAGUUCAUUUACAAGCAUACAUGGCGAGCAACCAAUGGUGGACGGGCCAAGUAGGGUUUCUGGGAGGGGAGCCUUCAUCCUCUACCGGAGGGGUCAAUAACCCAGAUCCGAGGAUGUCCAUGAACGAAAACAACACCGGAGACAUAUGCGGGGACGACGAGGAAGACGAAAGAGAGACCGAGAAUGAGCCUAGAGACGGCGCUAUUGAGGUCUCCACAAGGAGAAGGCCUCGGGGGAGGCCCCCGGGAUCGAAGAACAAGCCGAAACCGCCCAUUUAUGUCACGCGGGACAGCCCCAACGCGCUGAGGAGCCACGUGCUAGAGGUGGCGAACGGAGCUGAUGUGGCGGAGAGCAUAGCGGAGUUUGCUCGCCGGAGACAGAGGGGCGUUUGUGUGCUGAGCGCGACCGGGACAGUCACAAAUGUAACCCUAAGGCAACCAUCGACUCCUGGGGGCGUCAUGGCGUUACACGGCCGGUUCGAGAUACUCUCAUUGACGGGCGCUUUUCUCCCUGGUUCAGCCCCGCCGGGCUCGACGGGGCUGACCAUAUACCUAGCUGGAGGUCAAGGGCAAGUUGUGGGCGGGAGCGUAGUGGGGUCACUUAUCGCUUUCGGGCCAGUUAUGGUGAUAGGUUCGACAUUCGCGAAUGCUGCAUAUGAGAGGCUGCCUUUAGAGCCGGAGGAUCAGAGAGAUCACGUCCCGCUCCGAGGAGGUGGAGCGCCACUAGGGCUCGAAGGCCCUAGCGGUGGCGCCAUGGUGGAUCAGUCUCAUCAUGUGCCUGUGGGUGUGUACAAUUUGCCUCCACAUGUGGUGCCUAAUAAUAAUGGAGGUCAAAUGAACCCUGAAGCGUUUACUUGGAUGAAUCAUGCCCGCCCUCCUUUCUGAAUUUUAUAACCUUAAAGGUCAGAAAGUCUCAUACUGUACUGCGUAUACCACUUAUAACAUCAAUAAUAACAGAGAGA